AUGAGUGAACUACCUGACUACGUGCUUGAUCCCAAUGCUGUGCUUAAAGAUGCAAAUGCCGCCUGGCGUCAUGGCAAUCCCCCGGAUUACUCUAAGACACGAGCCUUCUAUGAACAAACUAAGACAAAGACCCACGAACCCGGCAGUCUCCCAUUCCUAGUUGAAAAUCUCGUGAAAAAUUGGGAAAUCGAAGCCUCCUUCAAGACAAACCUAUCCGACUGGCGUACUGUCGAUCACAACGUAUACACAGUUUCCGUGAAUGGGGGUGAACGACGCACAGGCCACCAUAUGUUGGAAGUGGGGACUUACAAUGCGCUCCUGACCGCGAGUCAGUUCUAUGAUCCUGCACACAACACCUUCAACGAUUCGCACAAGUCAUUCAAGCGAAUGAUGCCAACGUUUGCUUGGGAGGUACUUGAAGUAUACUCUGGUCCUCCCGUCGUUGCCUUUCGAUGGAGACACUGGGGCGAGAUGAAGCAGGAUUACGUGGGGUUCAAUAGUUCCGGUGAAAAAGUCAAGGUCGAAGCGCACGGUGGCCCUAUUGAUAUUGAAGGUGUUUUAGUGGCCAAGGUCAAUGAUAAACUGCAGGUGGAGAGUCUUGAUAUCUGGUAUGACCCUAUGGCAAUGUUCCGCCAAAUUAGCAAAGAGGGUCAGGUUAGCAGUGAGGGUAGUAGCGGUGGGUGCCCAUUUGUGCAGGGUUAG